AUGGCAAAUGCCAUGGUUCCUCAAGCAGAACCCAAAAUGUACGCUCGUGAGCAGCGCAUCACUAAGGGUGGCAGGCAUCUAUGGUACCAAUUAGAGGUUCUGCAACAGCCUGAACGUGCGAGAGCAUGUGGCUCGGGUCCCAAAUCAUCUGCCGACCGUCGGCCAGUCGAUCCGCCGCCUGUGGUUAUCCUAAGGGUGUUUGAAGGAGAACAUUUCGAGGGGGCCAGAGAUAUCACAUUUGACUACAAUGUCGAUUUCUUCUGUUACGCCUCGCUCGAACAUGCACGGCCUAUGGCUCAUGGAAGGGUGCAAACUCCUGCAGCUACAUCGCCCCCCGUUUUAACUGGAUUCCCGGUAUCGGGAUGCUGCUAUCUCGACCGACCCGAUCCAGCUGGAUACUUCUUAUUUCCGGAUCUGUCUGUUCGUCACGAGGGACGUUAUCGUUUGGUCUUUAGUCUGUAUGAAUUGAUUAAAGAAGAGCAGGAUCAGGAUCGGGAUGCUCCGCAUCAGGACCACGAGGAUGGCCUAGCCGAUUUAAGCCCAGGAAAUGCCAAUCACCGAAUGGACCUGAGAUCGACUGAUUUUAUCGUCUACAGCGCUAAAAAGUUCCCUGGACUGACUGAGAGCACAUCAUUAAGUCGUACGGUUGCCGAGCAGGGCUGCCGCGUGCGUAUUCGACGUGAUGUACGGAUGAGGAGACGUGACACAAAAGCUUCGGCAGCUAGCGAAUACGAUAACAACGCAGAGGACGAGUAUGCGAGAAGACGGAACAGAACACAGACCCCAGAGACUUUCCGCGCCCGAUCAGCGAGUAAUUCAAGUAUAGACCGAGCUAGUUACGCUCCCGAUCACCCACGACGCCCUUCCAAUGCCGAAUACGGUCCGCCGCCUCCACCGUUGUACCAGAACGGCCAGGCUCCUUCGGCUAUGUUGAACUUUGGGCACGGAGGAAAUACUGGGUUUGCUCAGCCUUAUGGCCCAGCACCUUCUUCUAAUCAAUCAACUCCCGUAUCUCCUACAGCACCAAUCUUCCCACAAACUGCCAAUUAUCCACCGCCUCCACCUUCUCCGAGUUAUGCCCCUCCAGGAUAUCCACACUACGAUACUAUGAGUGAUCCGGACCUCAGGAGACGCUCAUCAGCGAGCUACUCGACCAUUUCCUCCAAAGGACCGGCGCCAUACUCGAUGUCUCGAGCUCCUCCCAGGCAACCUACAUCUAUGGGACCUAAUGCCUUCUCUCCCUUCCAUAAUCGCAAACCGCCAUACCUCCAGCCUGAACCUCGAUCUAUGAAGCGUUCUAUCGACGAUCUCACAUCGAGCACGCAAGAAGGCCGUAAUGUGAAUGGCGACCGGCCAUUAAUAGACUAUCCAACUCUCCCCGUGUAUAGACGAGCCGACGGUUCAGAAAAAUUGGCCGUCUUCCCGGACACUGUCGCGUAG